AACAGUUUUUACUUUCGGCCUGGUUUUUUUUUUUUUUUUUGUUUUUCGGCAUCUCUAGUGGUUGUUGUUGUUGUUGUUGCUGGGAGGCAGUGGAGCAUUUAGCCAAGAUCUGUGCAGAUUGCAUAAAAUACAGCCAGACACACGGCAACAGCAACAACAACAACUACUGCAGCAACCGCAUUUAGCCCAGUUUUCUGAGCAAAUAUUUUCCAAAAAGCUAACGACAACAACAAAAAAUCUCACACUAAAUCUUAGCGUUAUUUUUUUUUCCUCCUCGUCGCGGUUGUCGUCGCGUUUAACUGAAAUAAUAAUAACAACAACAACAAACGAUAGCAGCAGCAACAGCAGCAACAACAACAGCAGCAGCAGCAGCAACAACAACAGCAGCAACAACAGCAACAUCUAGCCCAAAGGAGCCUUGUAUUGCCACCUCGAGCAGCAAAAAGCCGCCAAAAUGCUUCCGUUCCGGCGUGGAGCGGCCUGGCAAACGCUCUUCCUGCUCUGCGCUCUCGCCUAUUGCAUAAAUGAAGCCAGCAGCGAGGGUCGCGUGGUCUGCUACUACACAAACUGGAGUGUCUAUCGGCCGGGCACCGCCAAAUUCAAUCCGCAGAACAUCAAUCCAUACCUGUGUACACAUUUGGUGUACGCAUUCGGUGGAUUCACCAAGGAUAACCAGAUGAAGCCCUUUGACAAGUACCAGGACAUCGAGCAGGGUGGCUAUGCCAAGUUCACUGGACUAAAAACGUACAAUAAGCAGCUGAAGACCAUGAUUGCCAUUGGCGGUUGGAACGAGGCCAGUUCCAGAUUCUCGCCAUUGGUGGCGAGCAACGAGCGCCGGCAGCAGUUCAUCAAGAACAUCCUGAAAUUCCUGCGUCAGAAUCACUUCGAUGGCAUCGAUCUGGACUGGGAGUAUCCGGCCCAUCGAGAGGGUGGUAAAUCGCGGGAUCGCGAUAAUUAUGCCCAGUUUGUCCAGGAGUUGCGAGCCGAAUUCGAAAGGGAAGCGGAGAAAACAGGACGCACGCGACUUCUUCUGACCAUGGCCGUGCCCGCUGGCAUCGAGUACAUCGACAAGGGCUACGAUGUGCCCAAGCUGAACAAGUACCUCGAUUGGUUCAAUGUCCUCACCUACGAUUUCCACUCCUCGCACGAGCCAUCGGUCAACCACCAUGCCCCGCUCUAUUCACUGGAGGAGGACUCCGAGUACAACUACGAUGCCGAGUUGAAUAUUGACUACUCCAUCAAAUACUACCUGAAAGCGGGUGCCGAUCGUGACAAGCUCGUUCUGGGCAUUCCCACCUAUGGACGAUCCUACACUUUGAUCAACGAGGAGAGCACCGAACUGGGAGCACCUUCCGAGGGUCCGGGCGAGCAGGGCGAUGCCACUCGCGAGAAGGGCUAUCUGGCUUACUAUGAGAUAUGUCAGACUCUAAAGGACGAUCCCGAGUGGACGGUGGUGCAACCGAAUGCCAAUGUGAUGGGACCCUAUGCCUACAGGCGCAACCAGUGGGUGGGCUACGAUGACGAGGCCAUCGUGCGCAAGAAGGCCGAGUAUGUGGUGGCUCAGGGACUGGGUGGCAUCAUGUUCUGGGCCAUUGACAACGACGAUUUCCGCGGCACCUGCAACGGCAAGCCAUAUCCUCUGAUCGAGGCUGCCAAGGAGGCCAUGGUGGAGGCACUGGGACUGGGCAUCAAUGAGGUGGCCAAGCCAAGUGGCCCGCAGAAACCCUCAAGAUCUCGCAGUCGCGAUAAUGCCGCCACCAGGAACCGUCUGAACGGCAAGACCGAAGCUCCGGCCAGCUCCAGGCGACCCAGUGCCACUAGGCGACCAGCUAUCAGCUCCACCACCACUCAUGCACCACCGCCGAGCACCACCUUCAAGCUGACCGAAGCCGAGGGAUCCUCGCUUUACAUUGGAGGUAGGGCAUCCACCACGCCACCACCGCCAACGACGCCCGAUCCAGGGUCGGACUUCAAGUGCGAGGAGGAGGGCUUCUUCCAGCAUCCCAGGGAUUGCAAAAAAUACUACUGGUGCCUGGAUAGCGGACCCUCUGGUCUUGGCAUCGUGGCUCACAUGUUUACUUGUCCAUCGGGCCUGUACUUUAAUCCGGCCGCAGAUUCCUGUGAUUUUGCACGCAAUGUGCCCUGCAAGACCAAGAAAUCCACCACAGUGGCUCCAGUGACCUCCACAACACCGCUGACGACCACAGUGCGCUCGAAUCGAGUGACUGCUGCACCCACAGCUCGUCCAGUGUAUCCACGCACCACUACGAGCACCACAACAAGUACGACAACAACCACCACAACAACGCCAGCCAGUGUUGAUGAAGAUCUAGAGUACGAAGAGGACACCGAUGAACUGUCGCCAAGCAAAUCCACCGACGCCGAGGAGGAUCCGCAGGUGAUCAAGGAGCUGAUCGACCUGAUACGCAAAGUGGGUGGUGUGGAGCAGCUGGAGAAGCAUCUAUUGCGCAACAAGGAUGGAUCGAUCACGUUGAAGGAGAACUCGGCCAGUGGUGCGGCGACCACACCUUCUACAAUCAGCAAAUCUCUCUAUGAUCGUGUCCUGAGUCGACCCGGCACAUUGAGUUCCUUUACCCGCAAUCGUUUGAAGUUCAGCGAAGCCACAGAGACGAGCACGGAGGCCAGUUCUUCGAGUGGUUCAUCGAGUGGUUCAUCGAGUGGUUCAUACUCCAAAUACUCUUCAGUGUUGAGGGGUAAUAGCCGCCAGGGUCCACAAAACGAGGGCAUUGAAAAGUUGGCCGAAUUCGAUGGUUUCCUGAAGGAACGCAAACAAUAUGUGACCAUCAAUCGUCAUCGAUCUGCCAGUCAGGGAGAUGAGGUCGAGCAUGCAGAUCUGCAGGAGGAGGAGGAGAAUCUGUCGGAAGUUGAGACCACAACACGUCGUCCCUUGAGCUCAGUCACGCCCUCCUACACAAGUCUAAGGCGCACAAGGCCAACCACAGUGGCACCUCCAGCAGAAAAAUCCGAGGAGGAGGCGGAGGAACAAACCCAGACUCAGGUAAAAUCGUAUGCCACCUUGAGCCGCACGCGUGGACGCACUACCACCUCACCAGAGGUCACGGAAGCGGCGCCCAGUUCGACAACCAAUCGCUACAAAUACUUUGAGCGUUCGCGACCCACCAAGAGUGCAAAUGCCGAGGAUGUGGAAGACCCAACCGAGGACGAAGAAGAAGACUACGAGGACGAGCAAAAGGAAAAUGUUACGGUACAGAGCAAACAAACCACAAACACACGUAAAUAUGCGAGCAUCGGCCGCAGAACAACCACCACCACAACAGCAACACCAGAAACUACAACAACAACAACAACCGCCGGCACUGAGACUGCCAAGGCCAGCACCACCACAACCACCAACAACAAGAACCACUACAACAGCAGCAAUAACAACAACAACAAUGUGAAACUGAAUAACCUAAUACCAACAGAAGAGAAUAUCACAGCAACACCCAGCACCACUGCCCAAUCCGAAACCACCACAACCACAACUAACGAAACCACUGAACCAAAUGAAAGCACCUCAACCACCACCACAUCCAUAACUAACAACCUGCAUACCACCACCACACCCACACCAAUUGCAGCAUCCACUGUCCCAACAACCAACAAUGGCCUUAGCUCAGACUCUCUGCUAGCCACCGAGCUGAGCGAAGCCUCACCCACCCUCCUUCCUUUCGAUCCUGACUUAGCAACGACAACAACAACAACCACAACAACAACGGAACCCGAACUGGACACCACAACAACAAACACACCGAAAACAACAACAACCACAACCACGGGCAACAGCGAACUGAAUGACGUAAACAACGUGGACGAGGACAGUGAGGUAACAAAAACUAAGACCCAGUACAAGUAUGCAACCACCAACCGUCGACGCAUAACCACAACAACAACAACCACCAACAACAACAAUGCAGAAGCAGUGAACGAUGCUAGUCCAACAACAAACGGUUUGAGUAGUUUAAAUAGAAUUAGAACCAAUCCGGGCAGAAGGCAACCCCAACCACAACCACAAGAACAGACCCAAACAACAACCACCGAACCAAACCUUUCUAGUCCCAGACCCUUUGGUUAUCCCCGACGACGCACUCGACCCACAGCCAGCACCAGCACCACCACCACUGUCCCCCAAACCGAUAACGAUAAUGAUAACAAUACCAAUAACGAUAACGAAACCGAUGAAGUUGCGCAAGUAGUGAAGAAGACACGACUAUCUCCAGGGGAUAGGUCCAAGGUGAGUGCCAGUCUUCCACCAACAGCAACCAAAACAGCAAUCAACACACGAACCAAAACCUCCUCACUGCACCACCAAGAAUCCCAAGUAGAUGUAGCUAACGGUAACGGUGGCAAUAGCUUAAGGCAUGAAGUAGUAGUUAGCUCUAGUUUAAGUCAAUCCCAAAACCACAACAUUGAUAGCGAUGUAUCCAGCACCACCACCACCGAACCGCACGUCAAGUACACUUGGCGCGGGGUGCGAGGUCCUACAUCUAGGCGUACAGUGGUUCCCAAUUCUCUAGCUGCCGGUGACGAUAAGGACUCACGUCGCUUUGCCGGCAAGCAGUUGAACGCGGAAUCAAAUGUGGAAGAGGACCUUCCCACCACCACCAAGUUCCGCAGUCGUCGUUUAAAUUCCGCCGAAGAAGAGUCCGAAGUGGCAUUAGAGGAGCAAACGAAAACGACAUUGCAUGGUUCCCGUAGUUACCAAAGUAUUCAACGCACCGCUAGCAGAGCCAUCUCGGAUGAUUCUCAAAUCCACUACAAGGCCAUAACGCGCAAUUCCGAAGGUGGAGCCACUCUCACUGCAGGCCGAAGUUCCAGUUUCGUAAGAAAUCUGGGCGAAGCAGCCAAAACAUCAUUGCCUCUGCAUCAACCUGUAAGUAGAGGUGGCCAGAUUGUAGAAAGCACCACCGAAGACGAGAAUGUGGCUGCCGAGAUAAUCGAUGAUGAGAAGCGAGGAGAGACCAAGGCCCCGGCUGGAAGUGAAAAUACAGAUGACAGCAACACGGCUACCGAACAGGAAUCUCCGGAAAUUGUCACUGCAGCUGCACCAUCACAGCCGGAAGUCACCACUCUGCCUUCAGAAACUUCAGAUUCUAGCAGCUCAACAGAAACACCUGUUAGCAGCACCACCGAAAAAUCUGAGGAAAGCAGCAGCAGUUCCACAGAAAUGAAUUCCGUUAAAAAAGAAUCUAAGGAAGCGAUAGAAACCGUCAAGCUCUUAAGUUCAGACAUCGACACCAAAGUAUCGUCGACAGAAGCUCCAAUUAGAAGCACAGCUAUUCAAUCUGAAGACUCCAGCAGCAGUACUACCGAAUCUAACUCAGAAGCUCUAGUAAAAGAAACUGCAACUGAUAUCAGCGAAAGCUCCACAGAAUUACCUGUCAGCAGUACUGAAUUACCAGAAAGCAGUAGCACUAGCACCAAAGUCGUUUCCCACGAGGAAACCACGACAACUACAGAAAAAUCAACUAGACGUCCUUUCAACCGCUUUAGCUCAACUACAACUGAAACUGUGGCAGAAGAAGAAACAACUACCACCGCCGGUCCAAGACGUCGUGUUAUAGUGCGCACCAAAACCAGCACGACCGAAGCAGAAAGUGAUGCUCAAUCGACCACAGAAGGGCCGAAAAGACGCAGUUUCUAUAGAACCAGCACCACAGAUGCACCUAGCAGCACCGCUGAAGCAGAAAGUGAGUCACAGUCAACAACCGAAGGACCAAAGAGACGCAAUUUCUUUAGGUCUAGCACUACUGAGACACUUAGCAGCAGCAAAGAGGCACCUAGCAGUCCCACUGAACCAGAGAGUGAUGCCGAAUUAAGUACAGAGGGUCCAACGCGUCGUUCGUUCUUUAGAAGUAGCACAACUGAAGCUUCAAGCACAGCCUCAACUGAAGAUACUAAUAGCAGCUCAAUUGACGUUGAGGCUGAAGUAGACACAACAACCACUCGUCGUUCGCUUUUCCACAAUAAGACGCCGAUCACCACAGAAGCCACAACAACAACUGAAGAAGAAGCCGAAGUGAGCAGCACCACCAGACGUAGUCUCUUCCGUACCAGCAGCACCACAGAAGGCACGACAACAACCACCACUACCACCGAAAGUGAAAAGGAGAGUGAGACCACAACAGCCCUGCCAAGACGUCGUGUAAUAGUCAGAGGUAGUUUUAGGCCACGCAAAGAGGGAGACCUCUCCUCUCUUCUAGCGGCAGAUGCCAACAAAAGAGCCAGGAACAACCACAGCACCACGAGCACAGAAACACCUGAUGGUCAUUCGUCUUCUUCCAAAGAAGAGGAAACAGAGCAGCAACAAGAAGAACCGCAAAGAGUGGAGAAGGUAUAUAGUGGUCGCACUUCGUUAAAUGGCGUUCGCAAUCGCACCACCACAAAAACCGAUAACCUGGGCAACGGAAUCACCCGCACUCGCACCACCUACGUGCGAACCCUUGACGCGGGGCAAAAGGUGGUGAAGCGCAUCCACACCAAAACCGUGGAGGAGAAACCCGCCGAGUAUGAGUACAUAAUUGAUGAAGUGACCCACCCACCGCCACCGAGCACCACACCUCGCACGGUGACACGCAAUCGGGGAUCCGUGCGCUUUGAGAGCAACGAUCUGUCUUCGCUACUGGCCUUGGACUUUUCCUCACGCAACAACCGCAAGAAACAGGGCCAAACGGAAACAACGGUGACCAAAACGCGAAGACGCCUUCUCAAGAAACCCAAGGAGACCAUCGAACACGAAGAGGUUGAAGAAUUCGAGUAUGAAGCAGGUCACGAAGUGGGUAACGAAGUGGAAGAGGCACCACAAGUAAGCACCACAGCUAGGCCCAUAAUCCGUAGAACCAGACCGACGAGAGGCAUUACGACAACAACAACCACUGAAAUACCAAACGAAAUCGAGGCUAGCACUCGCAGGGCAAGCUUUGCCUUUAAGCGCCCCACGAAGGCCAGCAUAACCACUGAAGAACCAAGUACUACAUCCACAGAACCCACCAGUGCCUCAGAAGCCACCACCAGAAAAGUUCUUGCCUUCAGAAGACCCGUGAGCACAACAACCACUGCAGCUCCGAUUCAAGAUGAGCCUACAGAGGAGACAAUCUCUUCCGCCGUAGAAGCCACCACCAGAAAAGUUCUUGCCUUUAGAAGACCCGUGAUCACAACAACCAUUACAGCUCCAAAUGAAGAUGAGUCUACAGAGGAAGCCAUCUCAUCCGCCAUAGAAGCAACCACCAAAAGAGUUCUAGCCUUUAGAAGACCUGUGAGCACAACAACCACUGCAGCACCAAUUGAAGACAAAUCCACAGAAGAAGCAACCUCUUCCUCCGUAGAAGCAACCACCAGAGCUAUUCUAGCCCGUAGAAGACCCGGGACCACAACAACAGCCACCCCAGCUUCCAUUGAAGACGAAUCUACUGAAGAUCUGUUGGCAGCGGCCAAGGAGAAGUAUACAAACCGUCUUAGAACCAGCACCACUUCGACAACAACCACUACGGAGGCAACAACAACAACCACCACCGAAGAAGAUUUAGGCGAUCUUAAAGUACAGCUCAGCAAUGCGAUCAACCGCUUGCAAUCAGAGAACAAAUUGGAAAGCCAGACAAUCACCAAGGAAAGUGAAACAGCAGGAGACGAAGGCGAUGAAAAGCUUUCUCUGCCGAUUUAUCAUAGAAGAAAGUACUAUCAGUAUGUGAAGGAUUCACCCAUUACCUACAUUGACAAAUCCCCCGCACCACCAGAUAUUGAGAGUGUUACUGUGAACAUUAAACAGCAAAUCCAUGAUGUUUUCAAUGUGAGUGAAAAUGAGACGCCAACUAAUACCUUGGGCAAUGAGGGCGAAGGCGAUGACCAUCGCCAGGCUAUGGAGCAGGCCAAGGAAAUUAAUGCCGAACUCGGUCAUUUUUUAUUGAAAACCCCCGGGUCAAAAUAGGUGAAAACAAAAUCCCAGCGGCAGGGAAAGACCUUUAAAACACUACCAUUAGCAACAGACUCGAGCAACGAGACCUCCAAGAUUGUAAGCUUCUCUCUUCUCGAAGAAAAGGAGAGAGGCGAGGAAGACGCCCGAGCUUUGCGAACCUACACAAGAUUAAACCGCACUCGUUUGACCCUAUCCACCAGAUUGCAGGAAAAGAACCAAAAUGAUGCAUUAGAUACAACCACCAAAAGAAGCUACAGUGUUCCCCAGCGCUUCCGUGUUCGCUCAACCACACCCACACCUUCGGCAACAGAAAAUAGUGAAGAAGUCGAUGAAGAAACGAACGAGAAACCACUGAAAGAAUUAUCCACCAGUUCCCAAAGAACCACCACCAGAAGAGUGUUCACCCCCAGAAGACCUGUCAAUGCAGUGGAGCAGCCAAAUUCUUCUGAUACCCAUAACGACAACGAAGAUGAUUUAAUGGUGGAAUCAACGACAAGACGCACCUUUGCUGGUUUAAAUAGAUUAAGAGGCAGGGGAAGCACCACCACAACCACCGCCACUGAGGAAGCCACGGAUUCAACCACCGAGGCUGCAACCACAAAAGGCAGAAGCACAAGACAACCUUAUGUGGGCAUCAAUCGCAAAGUUACGACUUCUACCACAACUGAAAAGCCAGAGGAAAGUGAAAGUAAGGAAAAUGAAGAUGCAAAUGAAGAAUCAACCGAGGCCGCAAUUACAUCAGCCAAAAGCACAAGGCAACCAUAUAUCGGCAUAAAUCGAAGGUUCUCAACUUCGACAACCACAACAUCCACAGAAAAGCCAGCGGAAAACGAAGUUGAAAAUGACGAUGAAGAAUCAACCACCUUAAUUUCUGAGAAGCAGGUAAACAACGAUAUUGAAGAAAAUAAGGUGGAAAUUAAAAAAACGGAGGCAAAAACAGAGAAGAAAGCUUCCGAAGAGGUUGAAGACAGCUCCGAAGAACCCGAAUUGGAGGCCCAUAUAGACGAUGACAAUGAGAUUCCGCUGCAAGAGAGUAGUUCUAGUACAGAAGCCACAUCAACAACAACAACGACGACCACUAUUAAGCCAGCGAGCAGCACAACACGUCGGCAGUUGGUAAUUCGUCGCCGUUUUAAUGGCACCAUUAUAACAACAACAACUGGUGCCCCAGUUGCCGAUGAUAAUCUGGAAAAUGAGAUCGAUCCAAAUGAUACGGAGAGCUCAACACCAAAAGCGGUAACAACAACUCCACCAAGGCGGCAACUUUUGAUACGCCGACGUUUCAAUGCGACGACGACGACGACCGCAAAUCCCAGUGCCGACAAUGAAAUAGAUCAAGGCGAGGUAGUUACAGCGAAAACAGUAACAACAACCACACGACGAACGCUUCUAUCACGUCGCCGUUUCAAUGCGACAGCAGCCAUCCCAACAAUAAGCACGACGGGAUCAACGAACGGCGACGAGAUAAGCACACGUCGCCCGUACGCGGCCUUGAACCGCUCACGUAAUCGCUUCACAACAACACGAACAACAACCACCGACGGUGGGGUUAAUGACGACAGCGACAACGAUGAUGAUGGUGAUGAUAAGGAAGAAGAGCAGGUGGCACCGCCACGUGCUGUCUUUCUUCAAACAAACCGCCAUCGAGCUCUCCUACCCACUCUUGAAGAAGGCGAGGAGGUACCGGCACGCAAACCACCCAACUUUGCAGGUCGUCGCACUACCGCAACACCACUGAGAAUCAGCUCCAGUACACGCCGCAAUCUUGUGGCGAUCAAUAGAAAUUUGUACCACCGGGCGGAGUCUGAUGAUGAGCAGGAUCAGGAUCAGGAUGAUGAGGAACCCCAAGAAGAAGAAGAGGAUGAAAACGAGGAAGGGGUGGAUGAUCAAGAAGAAUCUUUAGAUUCUCAAGUCACAAGCACCACUGCACGUUCACGACUAAGUCAACUGCUUGCCAACAGGCAAAGACAACCACUCAGGACAACCACCCAAAAAACGACCGAGACAAAAACAACUGACUUGGACAACGAAGAGGAUGGGAAAGAAAAGGAUGAAGAAGAUGACGAUAGCUCCGUUGAGGUAUCGAACACUAACCACACACUAAACAAGAACAAUACUUUGGGGGGAGGCACCACUAACAUUAACAAUCUUACUAACCGUAGCACCGCACUGAAUGUAGCUAGUCAACGUAGUAACAGCACCGUAGCCAAUUAUAUUAAUCGAUUCAAGUCAAACAGUUACACAAACAACAACAAACCAGUCACAGUCAAAGCUAAUUUUAAGGCAGAGAGUUCAGAUAAUGAUAACGAUGAUGAUGGAGAUGAUAAUGAUAAUGAUAACGAUAAUGAUAACGAUGAUGAUAAUAAUGAUGCUAGUCUAGAAAGUGAGGGGGAGAAGAAAGCGAAUGGGGCUGGUUUGAAUGCCUUAGGUAAUGAUGUUAAUUCCACACGACGCUUUCAGAAUCGUUAUCAAUUGAGCCGCACCAGAGGCAGCACCACCACCACCACUACCAACACCACAGCAACAACCACACAAGAACAACCCCCAAAAUCAACAGCAACAACAACCACCGCCAGACGAUUGGCCUUUGGGGGCCGUCAACGCGCCCAGGUAACUAAACUAACCCUAGUCGAUGAGCAGACUGAAGAGACCGAGACUAAGGGUGAUGCCCACCAAGAAGAAGAAGAAGAAGGAAAGGAGGAAGAAGAAGACUCCACAGCAAGCUCAACAACAACAACAACCACCAGCAGACCAACACCAAAGCGCAUACGUGUGCUAAAAUUCCGCAGACCCUUGAAUAGCAAUAGCAAUAAUAGUACCACAGUAGAUAGCACCACUAAUAGCGCCACUGACACUAACCCAGACAGGAACAACAACAACACAACCACACCAACAACAACAAUAAGUCAAAGCAUCAACUCCACUAGCACCACCGGCAACAAGCGUUUCCGCAAGAUUGUGCGCAAAUUGAGGCCUGUCGACUCAACUACCGCGGCCAGUGUGGAUAAUUCCGAUGAAACCACCCGUAAACCUUUCGUUCCCAGCCACACCAGAUUCACGGAUCAGGACAAUGAUCUCGUGAAUCUUCGCCAGCGGAUCAAAGAGCAGCAGGUACGAGGUGAGCCACAGGAUGGAGUGAUCAGCAAUCGAUUUAAGACCUUGGGUCAGAAGGACGAUCAGGAUGUUUCGGAAUUGCAAAAGUUAAGGGAGAAAGUGAAGGCCGAGCAGGCGCGGGGAGAUGGUGAACAAGGCGUGAUUAACGAUCGUCUGAAAAAGCUGCUAGCGGAGAAAGCCACCACCAGCAGCAGCAGCAGUAACACUCGCCGCGAUGAAGAAUCUUCGCCCGAAGACGACUCUUCAUCUGCGUUUCCCUCGCCAAAGCCCUUCUUCAAACGCAAGCUUGUGGCCCGUAGACCAUAUACACCACCCUCGGCCAGUGGUGGCACCACCAAGGCACCACUUGCAUUCAGCACCACCCGACCCACAGCGAAGUUCGUGCGCAAGAAGAACGGCCGCUUCGAUCCCUUCAACUCGAGUGUUCGCAAUCGUGGCGAGGGCUUUGUGAGAAGCGAUCCACGGGGGUCCCGAUUGCCAGGAGCCGAUCGCUUUAAGUCUCAGGGAAAUGGCGAGGAUGGCGAGGAGCUGGAAGAACGGCGUGAACAACCAGUGCAGAAUCAGUUUGCCACCACUCUGCGCAGACCUUUUGUGCCCAAGACGCGACCUGUGUUGGAAAAAUCGAAGCCACAGCAGGAAGAAGAGGCAGAGGAGAGCGAAGAGGAGGACGAUGAGGAGGAGGAGGAUUCCGAGGAAGAGGGUGAUGAAGAGGAGGAUGAAGACGACGCAGAGGAGGAGAAGGAGCCUGUUGAGAAGGAGGAGGAAGAUAAUGCCCAGGACAAGCCCAAGUUCAAUUCCCCAUACAGGCCCAAGGAUAACCGAGCUCCACCGGGCAGUCGUCCCAACUUUGGAGCCACCGGAAGUGCUGGCAACGCCGCACCACAAGCACCCACCGCCCCCGGCAAUGUGCCCUUCAAUCCACGCAAUCGUCCAUCAAGUUCCACGAAUGCCAAUCGCUUCGGCAGCACAAAGCGACCCCGAGUGAUCAACCGACCGCCAGGAGUGGCCUCACCCAACUUAACGCUGAAGCCCGUGGCCGUGGAUUACGAGCGCACUACACCGCUGACACCACUAAAACCGGCACCAUUUAUACCCAGUAAUAACAGGAGCUACGAGAGGAAGUACACGGGUCCCUCCACAGAGGCCAGCGAAACUGCCAGCGAGAAUUCGCUGAUAGAAGACCUGAAUAUCGAUGCACUGAAUGCGAGGAACAAGAAGAUCUUUGACAAGCACAGCAAGAAGCAUCCGGCCCUGAAGCCCAAGGUGGUUAAGGUGGAAUCGGAGACGGGAACGGAGGUGGAAAGCGGUAGUACAGAGGUGGCGGUGGAAGAAGAGACCACCGAGGAGCAGGGCUUUGUGACCACCACACCCAGUACACCACCACCAUCACCAGCACCACCCAGCACACCACAGUCAGACACAGCCACAGAACCCACCACCAACACGCCACCAGAAACAGAAACCGAAACUGUAACCGAAACUGAAACAGCGACCAAUGCUAAUGAAGCCACUUCCAUCAAUUCACAGGAUCAAACCAUCUCGAGCACCACUCAAGCACCGCCGCCGGCCACCACAUUGCUGCAUGUGUUCACCCUAAUCGAGGGCGAGGGCCAGCAGGAGGAGGAGCCGACGACGAGAAGGCCGCCGCCAACGUCGGCCCAACGACUCCAUCCCACCAUUCAAACGGAGGUGGUGCCCAAGCACAAGCUGAUCGAGAUCAAUCGCAUUGUGGAGAUCAACUCCAAGCAGGCCAAGGCCGCUCAGCGCAAGUCGAAGGCAAAUCAAGACUUUGGCACACUGCGCGUGGAGUCGCUGCCUCAUGUGGAGCAGCUGGGCGAGAUCAGUGUGGUGAAGUAUGUGCAUCUGGUGGACGGCAGUGACAUUCAGAUCAACGAUGGCCACAGCACAGUGGCCGAUUACACUCCCACCGAACCCAGCAUCUCGUCAGCCUCAGCUGCUGCCUCCGCACCUGUAAGGAAUUCAGUACCCGAAGCCGAAGAAGGAGGAGGUGACACCACCGAUCGCAGUGGCAAGUCCCUGGUGCCCGAAGUUUUAACUGCUGCUUUGGAGACCUCAACCAUUUCGCUGGAGGGACUAUUCGAUUCGGCUCGCAAGGGCAAACAACUGAACAGCAAUAGCAUUGUCGGCGAAACGGAGGAGAGCACCACCAUCAGCAGUAGCAGUGGCAGCGACACCACCUCCACUACACCGGCACCCACUUACCUGCGCCAACCGACGACUGGCAGCGUUUCGCGGCGACCGGUGUUGAGUGUCCGCCGGCGGAUUAUCAACUCGCCGACUUCGUCGUUGGCAGCGGCUGAAAUCACCACACAACAGCCUGCAGAACCGCCAACGACCUCCAAAUACAACCGACUGCGCAGCAGACCCUCAGCAGCAGCAGCAGCAGCAACUACAACAACCGCAGCAGCAGCAGCAGUAACUACGGUUUUGCCAACAGCAACAUCUGUUGCUGGCGGGAGAACCAGCAGCAACAUCUAUUUGAACAAGCUGAAAGGCAAGAGCGGAGCAACAGCAGCAACAGCAGCAUCCGGCGAGGCAGCAACACUGACGCCAGCAACUAGCAACACCAACAGCAACAUCAGCAGCAGCAACAUCAGCAGCAAUGACAUCACACAAAAGCAACACAAGUUCCAGCCAGCCAGCUUCGCGCUGCGACGCCAAUUUCAAACGCGUCGGCUGACAACCUUCGCGCCGGCGGCCAACGGCGAUGAGAGCGCCACCGAUGUGCCUAGAACCCAAAAUCCGCUAUUCAAACGCCGCCUCACGCUGAUUUCCACCACACCGCCGUCCGUUCGCACCACCAACGUGCCAAAUUCUGGCCUGGAAACCACAACCACUUUGUUUUUAAGCGACGACGACGAGGAUCAGGUGGCCAAGUCGAGCAUCCACACCAGCCGCUUCAACCAAAUUCCGGAGCAAGUGCGUCCGCGCGAGGACUACGAACUGGCAUUGCCACCUGCACCACUAGCAUCACAGCAACCACUGAAGAGCACCAGCGCCACGCCCAGCACCACCGCCAGUGCACCACUGCCAGUUAUUAACCAAGGCAUAAGGCGCCAGUUGAUACCACGCCCACGUCGGCCGCAGUCGACCACGACCACGCCCACUGUGGGCUCGUCCUGGUCAAGCACACCGGCUGGCCACUCCGCACCGCCCCUCUCGCGUCGCCAACAGAGUCGUCGUCGUCCGCACAAAUACAUCGAGGUCUACAGUCGUCCGCCGAGCAAAUCGGCCGUACUAACGGCCACCUCGAGCAGUCAACUGCUGGAGGAGCCAUUCCCGGCGGUGGGUGUGAAUCAGGUGGCCCAACGGAGACGCAGCGGCGGCAUUGGACCCAACAAAAGCGAUGCCACCAACACCAAGGUCAUCGUCCAUGGACGCGGCAUCAUCGAGUGCCGGGCGCAGGGCAAUUUCCCGCAUCCCCUCAACUGCCGGAAGUUCAUUUCGUGCGCCAAAUUCGAGGAGACCGGCGGCAUUGUGGGAUGGGAGUACACCUGCCCCAAGGGUUUGGCCUACGAUGGCAUUGGCGGGAUGUGCACCUGGUCGCCAUCGGAUCAGCCCUGCCGGGACUAGACUGAUAAAACCAUAUCCCCAAAUCUAAAUCCAUUCAUAAACCCACCCAACGUUCAUCUGAAAACCCCUUACCCAUUUACCACCAUGUUGUAUAUGUUUUUCCCCCAAUUUCCCACAAUUUGUGAUUAGUUCUGCUGCUGCUGCUUCUGGUCAACCAACGACCAAGGUCAUUAUGGAUGCAAGAUGGAAAGUUGAAAUUCUACGUUAAUUAUUCGUAUUUAAGCUUAGUGAUAUCUGAAACACCAUUUUUUUUGCGCCUGCCAACUCAGUAGUAAGCAAGAAAUAUUAUUGUCUGUAGUUCAUGAACCACACCCAUAUAUAUAGCGCCAUAUAUAUGUGGUUGUGCGUGUGUAUGCUGUAUACCAUAAUGGAUAAUAUGCUUUCUUUAUCAAAUAAACAUAUCGUGUAAUCCAAA